CAAUGACAACCUUUGAGGAGCAGACCGAGUGUGUUGUGGAAGCCUUGUUCUCUGACCUUUUCAGUGAAGAUGAGACUCAGUGCCGCAGCCUGGAAACAGACUGUGGAGGACCCGCCCAGGCUGCCUCGGAACCUCCGCCCGCGUUCGACCCCGUCCUGGUCGCCAGUCGCCUGCGGCGGAUGGGGGACCAGUGCAACCUGGAUUUUGAAAGGGUUUCCUCCGAGGAUCUUGCGGAAGUGCUGAAGGGAAAGAUGGAGAAGUUUGAGGCUGCUGUGAGCUCUCUCAGCAGGACCUGGAGUGCCCAGAACCCCGAGAUGGCCUAUGAGAUAGCUUUUCUCUCUGUUUCUGUGAAAUUGGUAAUCCAUGUUGCUAAGAAAAUCCCAACUGUGGUGCAUCCCCACCAACUCACACAAGUGAUUAAUGGAAAUCCUCAAGUGAGGAGCUACAUCGAGGCCCGUGGUGGAUGGGAGAACUUGGAAAACUGAGAGAAAGUGCAUUACUACUUUCCAGAAGACAAUUUAACCAGGAAAGGCUGUUGUAUUUCUUCAGGAGGCUGUGAGCAGAACUCUGCACAUAAGCAAUGUAUAAAAGAGAUUCAUUCUCACUAGGAACAAAAAUUAAUAAAUGUUUGUUGUUAUUAA